UGCUUCAGCACACGCUCUAGCUUCUCCACAAGCUACUGGACCCUGGGCUCUGUGCAGUCGCCCAGCUACCGGGUCUGGCUGGCCAGCAGCAUGGCCAGCAUCUAUGCAGGUGCCAGGGGCUCAGGCUCCUGGAUCUCGGUGUUCCGCUACAUCAGCAUGCGGGGCAGCUGGGUAUCCGGGGGCUUAGCUGCAGGGAUGGCCGGGGGUCUGGUGGGCAUAGGGGGCAUCCAGAGUGAGAAGAAGACUAUGUAAUGCCUGAAUGACCACCUGGCCUCCUACCUGGACAGGGUGAGAAGCCUGGAGGCUGAUAAUCAGAGACUGGAGAUCACAAUCUGGGAACACUUAGAGAAGAAGGGACCCCAGGUCAGAGAUUGGGGGCAUUAUUUCAAGACCAUUGAGGACCUGAGGGCUCAGAUCUUUGCAAAUUAUGUGGACAGUGCCCGCGUUGUUCUGCAGAUUGACCGUGCUUGUCUUGCUGCUGAUGACUUCAGAGUCGAAUAUGAGAUGGAGCUGGCCAUUCACCAAUCUGUGGAGAAUGACAAUGGGCUCCGAAAGGUCAUUGAUGACACCAAUAUCACUUGGCUGCAGCUGAAGAUAGAGAUCGAGGCUUUCAAGGAGGAGCUGCUCUUCAUGAAGAAGAACCACAAGGAGGAAGUAAAUGGUCUACAAAACCAGAUUGCCAGUUCUGGGUUGACUGUGAAGUUGGAUGCCCCCAAAUCUCAGGACCUUGGCAAAAUCAUGGCAGAUAUCCAGGGCCAGUAUGACGAGCUGGCUUGGAAAAGAGAGGAGCUGGACAAGUACUGUUCCCAUCAGACUGAAGAGAACACCACAUUGGUCACCUCACAGACUGCUGAGAUAAACGCUGCUGAGAUGACACUAAUGGAGCUGAUACAUAUGGUCCAGUCAUUGGAGACUGACCUGGACUCAGUGAAGAAUUCGAAGGUCAGUUUGGAGAACAACCUGAGGGAGUUGAAGAUGCACUAUGCCAUGCAGAUGGAACAACUCAAUGGGAUCCUGCUGCACCUGGAGUCAGAGCUAGCCCAGACCUGGGUAGAGGGCCAGCACCAGGCCCAGAAGUAUGAGGCUCUGUUGAAGAUCAAGGUCAAGCUGGAGGCUGAGAUUGCCACCUACCGCAGCCUACUGGAAGAAGGGGAGGACUUCAAUCUUGUUGAUGCCCCAGACAAGAGCCCCUCCUUACAAACCAUCCAAAAGACCAUGACCCACAGGAUUGCGGAUGGCAGAGUGGUGUCUGAGGUCAACGACACCAAAGUUUUAAGGCAUUAA